CAACUAAAAACAAAAGACCAGAUUUGUUGAUGUUUCUUCCUCUCUGCGGAGAAUUCAAUUUCUGAUCUGUUUCAGUCAUUGUUUCUCACUUUCUUAUUUUCCUCGAAAUUACUACGAAGAUUUCCAGAGAUCCAAUUCUGGUUUCUUUCUUGCAGUUCCCUUUUUUUCGUUUUUUCUCUUCCCAAAAUUGUUUGAUCCCUGGAUUUGAUCCUUUUGUUACAGAUUAGGAAAACAAAAAAAAAAUUGUCGGGGCUUUGAUAGAAAUGGAUUUUUGUCUGAUACAAUCAGAUUCUCUUUGAAGCAUAUGAUGUUUCCCUGAAACUUUAUUUUUGGGGAACAGUCGAAAUCAACCCGAGAGAUCAUCACUGUGUUUGAGUUUCUCGAGUUUGGUAUAACAAUGGCGAGAGGAGGUAGAGUGGGUGAGAAAGAAGAAGGGGAAAAGCACAUAGGUUUACUAAAACUGGCUCAAACGCUGUCGUUUCUGCUCAUAUUCAUGGCCGGAAUCAUCAUCGGCCUCGCCGCAAGCUCUCACAUCGAUCGCUACUUCAAUUCUUUGCCGAGGAUGUUCUCAUCCACCGCUAAUCUCCAAACGGCUCCGUUUUCGACACCUGAUUACUCUAAUUGCAGUGUCAUCCACCGGGAUUGCACAGGUAACGACGAGAACGACGACGAACGAAAAGCGGAGAAACCAAAGGAUCGAGAUUGCUGGAGCAUAGAUGGGUUUGUUCGGCCAGAGAAUCUGAGCCAUGGAAUGAGUGACGACGAGCUGUUCUGGAGAGCGUCGAUGGUUCCGGUGAAAGAUGAGUAUGCGUACGAUAGGGUCCCGAAAGUGGCCUUCUUGUUCCUGACGAGAGGGCCGUUGCCGAUGCUUCCUCUCUGGGAGAAGUUCUUCAAAGGCAACGAAAAGUACUUAUCGGUCUAUGUUCAUACGCCUCCUGGAUACGACAUGAAUGUCUCUCGUGAUUCUCCGUUUUACGACCGGCAGAUCCCGAGCCAGAAAGUUGAAUGGGGAUCUCCACUAUUGACAGACGCAGAGAAGCGUCUUCUGGCCAACGCAUUGCUCGACUUUUCAAACGAGCGUUUUAUUCUUCUCUCAGAGAGCUGUGUCCCAGUCUACAACUUCUCAACUGUCUACAGUUACCUAAUAAACUCUGCUUACAGCUUCGUGGACUCGUACGACGAGCCAACCCGUUAUGGCCGUGGCCGUUACAGCCGUAAGAUGCUCCCAGAUAUCAAACUCCAUCACUGGCGCAAAGGGUCUCAGUGGUUUGAAGUAAACCGUAAAAUCGCCAUCUACAUCAUCUCAGACACAAAAUACUACUCACUGUUCAAGCAGUUCUGCAGACCAGCGUGUUACCCAGACGAGCAUUACAUCCCGACAUUCUUGAACAUGUUUCACGGUUCAGUGAACGCGAAUAGAAGCGUGACAUGGGUUGAUUGGUCAAUAGGCGGUCCGCAUCCAGCUACAUAUGAUGCAGCUAAUAUCACAGAAGGGUUUCUUCAGUCAAUAAGGAAAAACGAAACGGAUUGUCUUUACAAUGAAGAACCAACUUCCUUGUGCUUCCUUUUUGCUCGGAAGUUCUCUCCUAGUGCCUUAGCUCCUCUUAUGAACUUGAGCUCUACUGUCAUGGGGUUUUGAGAAAAUAACUGAUUCUUUCUCUUCUUUUUUCUACUUUUAUAGGGAUGAGAUGAGAUUCUUCUACGAGAAUAUAUACAUAGGACUCUCUUUUUUCUGUUAUUAGCUUCCUUUGGUCAUGAUCUCCUCUUUAUUUGAGGUUUCAGAGAGAUAAAUGUAAAGGUCGAGCCUUUUGUAUGUAAGAGUUUUGCUUCUGCCGGCCUGCAGAGCUAAUCUAGUUAUAGAUUACGAACAUCUUCCUGCAGAGCUAAUCUAAUUAUAGAUUACGAACAUCAUAUUUUUUAUCAACUUUGGGAA